AUGCUCCAGGUGGAGGAGUGUUUGGUUUUGUACGAAUACCACCAACUUGAUGUACAUGAAGAGCACACACUGACUGGGUACUGCACACAGGACACUGGUCAAAUUUCCGGAUUCCUUGAAAUGAAGGACUUUUUGCGUCGCUUCGGUCAGCAACGGUCUGAUGGGACAUACUACUUCUCCAACGUCCGAUCUGGUCUAAUUGUGGCUUUGCUGUCCAUCGGCACGCUGUUUGGUGCACUUGUUGCAGCUCCAAUCGCAGACCGAAUUGGGCGCAAGUACAGCAUCGCUUGGUGGUGCAUGAUCGUAAACGUCGGCAUUAUAGUGCAAAUAUCAUCGACAGACAAGUGGUACCAGGUCAUGAUGGGUCGCUUCGUCGCUGGUUUGGGAGUCGGUGCACUAAGUCUUCUCGUGCCGAUGUACCAGGCCGAAACAGCACCUCGCCACAUACGCGGUGCUCUCAUCUCAGCAUACCAGCUAAUGAUCACGUUUGGUAUCUUCCUCGCAGCUGUAUUCAAUUAUGCGGCUGAACGCCACCAAUCCGGCAAAGCCGCAUCCUGGCAGAUCACCAUGGGUUUGACCUUCGUCUGGACCGUCAUUUUGGCAGGUGGCAUCAUGUUCUUUUCCGAGACGCCUCGCUUCAACUUCCGGCGUGGCAGGGUCGACCAGGCUACCAAAACCAUGACUGACGUGUACGGAGUCGGCGAAAAUCAUUACAGCAUCCAGAUGGAACUCGAAGAGAUGAAGACAAAACUUGCCGCUGAAUCUACGAUGGGAAGUCCGAUACAGGAAUGGAUCAACAUGUGGAAGGCCCCGAAGAUGGCAUACAGACUUGCUAUUGGUAUGGGCUUGCAGAUGUUUCAGCAGCUGACUGGCGCCAAUUUCGGCGUCACAUUCUACGGGCUCUACAUCGUCGAGCACUACGGACGACGCAAGUCUCUCCUCGCUGGCUCCGCGUGGAUGUUCAUCUGCUUCCUCAUCUUCGCAUCUGUCGGCCACUUCGCACUCGACCGUGAGAAUCCGCAGAACACAGAACCAGCAGCCACAGCGAUGAUUUGCUUCGCGUGCUUUUUCAUCUUUGGGUUUGCAACGACGUGGGGACCCAUGAUCUGGACGAUCUGCGGAGAACUGUAUCCAUCGCGAUAUCGCGCCAAGGCUAUGGCGCUGAGUACUGCGUCAAACUGGCUAUGGAACUUCCUCCUAGCAUUCUUCACACCCUUCAUCACCGGCGCCAUCGAUUUCCGCUACGGCUACGUCUUCGCCGGCACCAACGUUCUCGGCGGACUCAUCGUGUACUUCUUCGUCAUCGAAGGGCAAGGCCGCACACUUGAGGAAAUCGACACCAUGUACUUGAUGGGUGUCAAGCCUUGGGAAAGUGCAAAGUGGGUGGUGCCGAGCUUGGAGGAAAUGAGCGGGAAGGUAAGGGAGAGGCUUGAGGCUAACAAUCCGGAGUUGGCGAUCAAGAAGGAGGUUGCUGGUGGUGAAGAAGGGUUAAGGGCGGGAGAGAGCGGUGGAAGUGAAGAGGUGUUGAGGGAAAAGACGGAGGAGACUGCUGUUUGA